AUGUCGGACGUCUCACCGAGAAAGACAGGUUACGAGCAUGAUAACUUGCGUCAUGUAGUCAUCACAUCAACUUGCUUUGCCUUCAUCUUGUCUACAACUGCAGUCGGCUUCCGAAUUAUUUCUCGAAAGCUCAACGGACAGGGUCUCUUUUUGGAUGAUUAUCUGAUAAUCUCGGCGCUGCUUUUUGAGUAUGGAAUCACGAUUGCUGGGAUUGUCUUACUCUACAAUGGACUCGGAACGCACAUUGUCUACGUGAAGCCUGAUCAGCUCACAGUUUAUCUAAAGACACUAUUCACUGGCUCCAUCCUUUACACAUGCUGCAUCGCCUCAGUCAAAUUAUCCAUUCUCACGCUCUACCGUCGAAUCUUCCCGACCAAGUGGAUGAAAAUGAGUGCCAACAUUGUGGGCAUGGUCGUUAUACUAUGGGCUGCUUGUGGUAUUCUCGCCGGCGCAUUUACAUGCAUCCCGACAGAAAAGCUGUGGAAUCCUCAGAUACCCGGCGGAUGCAUGAAUCUCUCUAAGUUCUAUUAUGGCCUUCAGAUUCCCAACAUCGCGACUGACGCGAUCAUUCUGUUCAUGCCUAUGCAUGUUGUCUGGGCCCUACCUAUCUCCAAUAAUCAGAAAGUUGGACUUUCGGGAAUCUUCAUUCUUGGCUUCCUAACCUUGGUCUUCGAUAUCGUUCGCCUCGUCGCUCUCAUAGAUCUGUCUACCGCUGGAGAUGAUAUUACCUAUACCCAGGUUAACUCAAGCGUCUGGACCUGCAUCGAACCCGCCGUAGGUAUCGUCGCAGCCUGCCUGUCGAAUAUGCGUCCCCUGUUCAAGAUCGUGCACACGAAGAUGUGGUCGCGCACUGGUUCUUCCAGAAACACCAGCCAGCAGGACACCCUGCACUCGAACGACGGAAAGGCAUGGCCACGCAACACUCCAAGCCCUACCAAUACCAACAACACCACCUUCGACGGCACGACUCACACCGAGUCUUCCGAUCAGUUCCCUCUUCACCGCCUUUCCCAGAACGACAGUACCAAUUGA